UAACGUCCUUUAAAUCAUCCAGAAUCACAUUUUUUAAGGAUGGAAGAGACUACUAUUUCUCGCUGUCUUUCCCUUAUGAAAUCUAAGGAAGAUACUUCAAAAUUUGUAGCAAUUUCCAUAUUACCGUCUAUACUUUCUAAAAAACCAUCAUUAAGUUAUGAAUGUUGGAAAGCAUUGGAUUUUAAAUGGAUUGACCGAUUAUUAAAAUCAAGUUUUGAAAUAAGGACUUUUGAGGAAAAGCUAAUAGGGUAUAUAUUAGGGAAAUCAUCAAGUGAAAAGUCAGAAGAUUCGUCAGAAUAUAAAAUUCUUGCAGUAAAUAUUCUUAUUUCAUUUGCAUCUUUUCCGGAGUUAUCAGAACAUCCUGAUAUGAUUAAUAGAAUACCUUGUUUAAUGUCUAUUUUAUGUGAAAGGAAAGAAUGUUAAUGUUUCAUGUAGAAAAUUUAACGAUUUUAGUGAUAUUUCAUUUAUAGAUUCUACAUUGGAUUUACUUAUUGUUUUAUCACAGUCAAAACAAGGCGCACUAAAAAUAUUAGAAUGUCAGCAGAAUAAAAAUAUGAAUAGUUUUAUUGAAACAUUGGAUGAAGUAUUGUUUGAGAAGAUGAUUAAUCUGAUGAAGCAUGCAUGUAUAAAAUCUGUAUCUGAUAUGGAAGAGAUUAAUUUUAAACUAUCUCUCAAAAAAUGUAUCAAUGAUUUGAUAAAUAUUCUAGAAAAUAGCAAAGGAAAAAAAAGGCUAAUUAUGUUUUCUUUUUUUAAUGACGUCUUUUCAAAUAUAAAUACAGGAAUUUGUAAUUCUCUCAUUAAAAACAUGGAAAUCAAAAAAGCAUUAUACAAUAUUUUACACACUCUUAUAAAAGAGGAUCAAUCUGAUUCUACUCGGAAAAUGACAUCAAAUCUUUUAUGUUUAAUGCUUCGUUUACAGAAUCUCGAAUUCAUAUUAUCAUGUGCAUCAAACGAGGAGGAAGCUAGAACUUUUUGUGUACUGUUUACUAAUUUAGCAUCUGUGGAUAUCAGAUCAAUAUUACCUACUGUAAUGAAGAAAUUAAUCUCUGAAGAAAUUAACGAAGAAUCACAUAGACUUUCAACAGACUAUGAAAUUUUAGAGUCUAUGAUCAUUUAUCUUUCAAACUCAGAAACAGUGGUUUUUCAAUUUUCAGAAUUAUUGCUUUUGCAAAGAUCAUUCAAAGAAGCAUUUGAAGAAUCAAUAGAUUUUCUGAAAGAUAGGUGGGACAAUUUUAAUAAAAAUAAAAAUUCAUUGAAAAAUGAUCCUGAAAUUUUUAACGAUUUAAUUGUAAUUUCAUCUAUAAGAUCAUUAUGUUUGUGGUUAAAAGAAGACGAUAGUUUAAGAAAAUAUGCCAUAUCUAUAAUGGAUAUGUUUAUGUAUUUAUGGAAUAAAAAAAACGCAUUUGAUAUUGAUUAUAGAAUAUGGAUAUGUGAUGGGUUACAGGGAAUAAUUACUACAGAGGAAGGAUGGAAUAGUUUUCAUAGCUUAGGAUUUUGGGAUGCAAUUUCAACCAAUCUCAUAAAAAACGAAUUGGAAGAACCAGAUCAUUCAUGUAUAUAUACCAAGCUAUCGGAAUGUGACUUAUUACUCCAAGCUAUAGAAAGAUAUCAAAAUCCUCAAAAAAACUGGAUUAAUAUAAUUAAAUAUCCAAAAAAAAUCAACAAAAAUGAUCCUCUUAAAGCAGAGUUUUUCAUUAAAAUAAUUAUCCUUAGUUUAAUUAUCUUCCAAAAAUUAGGGAAAGAUUUUUCAAAGCAAAAUGAACAGCUUUUUUCUGAGCAUCUAGAAAUAUCACUAACAUGGAUACAUUUUCUUGAUUCAAAAAGACUCAAUUGUUCUUGGACUAUUCCUAUAGAACUAAAAGACAAAAUGCUCAUUCACUUACAAAAUUUACAUCCUUUCAAAUAA